CCGGUUCGACUUGGCCGUUCGGACCCCAAAUGCGGUGACUUCUGGGAAAUGGUCUUCAGUUCCGGUUCUGCUAUUCUUAGACGAUUCUGUUGUAUUUACGUUCUCCUUGGAAAUCCAAGAUGUCCUGGGUGAUCCUCAGUUCAAGUGAUCCAAGCCAGCGACAGAGCAAUGGCUGGAGUUGGUUAUCGUGUUGAUGGCCGGAACAUCUUCUCGGAAGUAGAAGAGGCCAAUGCAAAGGGGGUGCUGUGGGUGUCCGGAAGAGAUUUAAUAGUGGAUCUGGGGACAAUGCGGCCAUUGGAUCAUGGUCGUGUCCAGGCUGCGGUGGAGGGACAGGUUAAGCUUGCUCGCAGAAGGGGUAAGAAUACCUUUGUGGCAGCGGUUAGGAAGUUCGGUCACUUGAUCCUCAGCGAUGAGUUUAUCGCGAGGGUUUUGAGUGUGCCGAAGAAGCGGAGGACCCCUGGAGGGUCAAUCUCUGAUAAGUCGAGGCGGGUGAUGGUGGUGCCCGGGACAGCAGGAGUGCCGACUCGGGUACCAUGCAUGGAAGAGUUUCCGCCCUUGUCGGUCAAGGCAGAGGUCAAAGUGGAGGGAACCUCGGUCGGAGAGGCCAUACUCAUCUCGGAUUCAGAGGUGGAAGUGGAAGGUCCGGCCGAAGUUCCUCCGGAGUCUCGGUACCAGGAGGGUGCUGAUACUGUUCGGCUUUCCUCAGGGGCUGAGGACUCCAGUGGAAUGAUGGGCAGGGAGGAAGGCAAUGGGGUGAGCGUGAUGAUGGAGUUGGCUCCGACCGGAAAAGACACAGGACUCGAUCUCUCUGAGAUGGAGGUGGAUAUUCCGGUUGGAGAGGGUCCCGGUUCGUCUUCAGUUGUGGAGGAAACUGGGGGUCAGAUAUUGGAGUGGAGGGGUGCUCCAGCUUGGGCCGGUUCUGACUUUAGAGCAGGCCCAAGUGAGGAGAUAGGCCAAGAUGGAGGGAGGUCGAGGGCGAGAGAGAGGGAAAAGGUUCCUGGGGGAUCGGAGGUCAGAGACCGAUCUAAGUCCCAGUUGACGGAAGAGUCUCCGGUGGAAGGGAGGAGGAAGGAAACUGGCAAGGAAUGUCCCAUUUGCCACAAGCGGGUCAUAUUUCGACGCAAGCAUGUAGAGGACUGUCAUUUUCCAACUGUCUUCCGAGGUCGGACAUGGGACAAGCCGCAUUUGGAUGGUGUUAGACUCUCGGGGGUCAUGUGCAUUAUCAAGAACCUGGGUUUCAGGUCUAUUGAUGAGGCCAUGAUUUAUCUCCAUCGGUUACCACUAGCCAUUCCGGCCGAUUCCUGUCUGUACGAGCGGGACAGAGAGAGGAUGGAGAGAAUAUGUCGGAGGUUCCUCUGGCAUGUUCCGGACGAGUUCCAUGUCCCACGGGUGAACUCGCGCGCUCUCCUGUUCCAUUGGAGAGUGUUAGCCGCCAUGCUGUAUCUUGGGGAUGAGAGCCUUCGGGCUAACUUCUUUAACCAAAGAUUCAAAUGGCGGGGAGGGGAUCCCGUGAAAGACUUGGAGCAGGUUCUUGGUAGGGCGGUAGUGACCCAAGUGUCUGGGACGUGUCCGCCAGAGUCGAGUGUUGAGUCUGGGAGGGUCAGGGUGGAGGUGAGAGAGGCGGAGGUAGUCCCAGAGUCUGGGAGGGUCCAGUCGGAGGUGAGAGAGGUGGCCGUUGCCCCAGAAUCUGGGAGGGUCCAGUUGGAGGUGAGAGGAGUGGCCGUAGUCCCAGAGUCUGGGAGGGUCCAGUUGGAGUGUGAUAUGGAAGUGUUGGGGAGGGAUGUGGUCCAAGAGUGGGAGUGCUCUAGGAAUGUAGUACCUUCUGCAUUCGAUAGUCACUUCCACUUGGACCGGAGUGGUCGAGUGCUCCAGGUUUAUUCACUGGAGAGGUUAAUAGGGCAUGCUGAGGGGCCUGUCCCGGAAGUGCCAGUGCAGGUGAGUGGUGGAGUUGCCGUUUUCUGCGAUCCUGCCACUUACCCAGAGGUAUACCCUUGUGCACCUGGUUUCGGGUCGGCCGUUGGGCUGCAUCCGAAAAAACCUCAUGCCAGUGUUGAAGGAGCAGUGAGAUUGGUAGAGGAGGAGUUGAGAAAGGAGGGGGUGGUGGCUCUGGGGGAAAUAGGUCUAGACUGGACCACACUUGAACAGGAAUGGCCCUUGCAGGAGCGCAUGUUUGUGGGGCUGCUGGAGCUGGCUUGUCCUAGACGGCCAGUAAUUUUGCAUCUCCGGGGGCAGGACAGAUACUCAAGUGAGGUUAGUGCCCUCGCCCUUCGGUUGAUGCGAGAAAACACCAGUCCCACACAGCGGAUGCAUCUGCACUGUUUUGGUGGUAAUCUGGAUCAGGUGCUUGGGUGGUCGACGGCUUUCCCUCGGUGCUACUUCAGCAUCGCUGGAUCAGUUGCCAAGUUCGACGAGAUACAGCGGGCAGCUGUGCGAAGGAUCCCUCUGAAUCGUCUGUUAGUAGAAACUGAUUCGCCAUACCUGCGGGUACAGCGACAGUGGCAUAACACUCCAGCUUAUGUUGGAGAAGUUGCCCGGAAAGUUGCACAGAUCCGACAGACGACCCUUGAUGAAAUUCUCCAGGCCUCGCUGGAGAAUGGAAGGUUGCUCUAUAACCUGUAUGGGUCGUCCGGCGGAUAA